UAUGUAUUGUGAUCUACAAAAGUACCUAUAACCUAGAAAUAAAUACGAAUAAAAAAGAUGAAUUGAUAAGAAGUUGAAUAAGCACGCAUUAUCAAAUGGUAUUAUGCACACUUAUAAAUCAAAUUUGUAUACUUUUGUUGUGCGUAUCUUUAAAAUCAUCCUUUGUUUGAAUAGAUGAUGAGUCAAACAUUAAACAGCUGAUGCAGAGUAAUAAAAUGAUUUAAUAAUUACAUUUUGUUGUUAACCAAUGAUGAAUAAUUCCAGACCUUAUGAAUAUCAAAAUAUUGACGAAAUCAGAUAUCAGCAAGUUCUGCUGUUGGAUAAUCAAGAUGAAUUAAAAAUAUAUUUAUAUGGGUAUGAGCAGAGUAAACUAAAUAAUGUAAUCUAUAAUUUUCUUGGAAUUAUAUUUUUGGGGAUACCCUUUUUGAUUUUUAAUGCCUGGCCGCAGUUAAAGACCAUCAAGUUUAAAAAAUGCCCACUGGAGACUGCUUCGGUAUUACUUGUACUUGAUCAUUAUGGAAAAUACACUUUGGAAACUGUUAAGACUGAUAAACUAAAAGUGCCAAAUAUAGGACCUUAUAAUUUAAGGUAUUUUUUGUAUCAACAUACCAAGUAUGUUUGGGAUAUAGAAGAUAAGGUAUUUUCCACAUUGGACAAUUUAAUUCCACCUAACACAGUGGAUGACUAUUUAAAUAAUACAAGUGGACUUUUUGAUGUGGAUUACAUAGAUUUAUAUAAGUUAUUUGGUCCAAACAAAAUAAGUGUGAAAAUUAAAUCAUAUUGGAAAUUAUUUUUUGAUGAAGUGUUCAAUCCAUUUUACAUAUUUCAAGUUUUCUCAGUGGUUCUUUGGUGUGUGGAUGAUUAUAUGAUAUAUGCAGGAUGUGUUGUGGUUUUGACUCUAUUUUCCAGUAUUACCUCCUUAAUUCAAACCAGAAAACAAAGUGAAGCUGUGCAUGAUUUAGUGGAAUCAUCAGUGUGUCAUCAAGUAAAGGUGGUUCGACAAAAUUUACUAUUCGAAAUAAAUGAAUUGAAUAUAAAUCCGGUGGAAUUGGUACCAGGAGAUUUAAUAAUUCUUCCUCCAAACAACUUUGUGAUGCCAUGUGAUGCAGUGCUUUUAACUGGAGAAUGUAUUGUCAACGAAAGUGUCCUUACAGGAGAAAGUGUUCCUGUAACAAAAACUGCCCUCCAUUCUAGCAAUGAUGUUUACAGUAUUGGUGGCUUACAUAGGCGACAGACACUGUUUUCAGGCACCACAUUGAUACAGACAAGAUACUACGAGAAUGACGACGUGUUGGCGAGGGUGGUGCGCACUGGGUUCGACACGACGAAAGGAGCCCUGGUAAAAAGCAUCCUAUUUCCUUCUCCGGUCGGUCUAAAAUUUUACCGGGACAGCCUAAAGUUCGUCUUCGUUCUAUUCACAAUCGCUGCCUUCGGCAUGGCCUAUUGCCUGUACGUCUACAACGAGCGACACGCGCAAUUGAGGUACAUCAUUACCAGGGCUUUGGAUAUUAUAACCAUAGUGGUACCGCCGGCUUUACCUGCGGCUAUGGCAAUGGGCACCGUCUACAGCCAGGCGAGGCUUAAGAAGGCUGGAAUUUUUUGCAUCAGCCCACCCAUUAUACCCGUCUGCGGCAAGAUCAAGCUCGCCUGCUUUGACAAGACUGGGACGUUGACCCACGACUCGCUGGACAUGAAAUCGCUGAUUCCUUGCGAUCGCUCGCAAUUUACCGAUCCAGUAACAGAUAUUUGUUACGUAGACCUUAAGAGCAAACUGGUGCAGGCUAUGGCUUGUUGUCAUGAUCUUACCAGGAUCGAUGGGGUUUUACAAGGAGAUCCACUUGAUUUAAUCAUGUUUGAAUUUACCAAAUGGGAAUUUGAAGAGCCUGGUAACGACGAAAAUGCCAGAUUUGACAAGUUAGCACCCACUACCGUGAUACCAGGAAAAAUGUGCAGUAAACAGGUGCUUCAGUCUGAAGAUGAUGAUUUAUAUCAAAUAGGUAUAAUUCGUAAGUUCCCGUUCUCAUCGACGCUUCAAUGCAUGUCCGUGGUCAGUAGAAAUCUGCAGGAGCCCUGCAUGACAGCGUUCGUAAAAGGGGCCCCCGAGAAAAUAAAGAGCAUGUGCAACAGGGAAUCUUUACCGAAUAAUUUCGAUACGUUGCUGUCGGAGUACACUGUGCAAGGUUUCAGAGUGAUCGCGAUCGCGUACAAAAACCUUCCCAGGAAGUUUACCUGGAAGGAGUCGCAAAAAGCCAAGAGGGAAGUGAUAGAAUGCAAUUUGAACUUCCUCGGCUUUCUUGUGAUGCAAAAUCUUCUGAAAGAGCAGACCGUGCCGGCACUAAGGACGCUGCAAAUGGCCAAUAUUAGAACCGUAAUGAUAACUGGGGACAACAUAUUGACGGCAAUUGCAGUGGCUAGGGAUUGCGACAUGGUAAAAAGGCAUGAACAAAUAUCGGUAAUGUCAGUUAUAGAUGAAGACAAUGAGCAAGCAAUUCCACGUCUUCAUGUGGAGAACGAUGGUCUACUUUAUGGGGACGAGAAAUGUCAUUUGGCGAUCGAUGGCAAAACGUGGGAGAUUCUAAAGCAACAUUACAGCGAUUUGAUACCAUCUGUGCUGGUUCGGGCGACAAUAUUCGCCAGGUUUCAACCCGAUCAAAAAGCACAGUUAAUUGGACAAUUCCAAAAGAUCGACUAUGUGGUCUCUAUGGUCGGAGACGGGGCAAACGAUUGCGGGGCGCUGAAAGCCGCGCAUGUUGGGGUGUCGUUGUCACAAGCGGAGGCAAGUGUUGCAGCACCUUUUACCUCCAUGGUAAACGACAUAUCUUGCCUAAUUGAUUUAAUACUGGAAGGAAGAUGCGCCUUGGUUACCAGCUUCGCCAUAUUCAAAUACAUGGCCCUAUACAGUCUCAUCCAGUUCAUCACCAUCAUCAUUUUGUACCACGGCCUUCAAAGUUGCUGUCGGCGAAACGACCUAUCGGCUCGCUGGUGUCAGCGAAAAACGUGAUACCGCUGGUUUUGCAGAUCGGUUCGUGUGCCGCCGUUCAGUUGGCCGCCCUGUUCUUCCUUUUCCAACAACACUGGUUCAAACCGAUUCCUGACCAAGAUGAAGAAGUGGUCGUAUCCUGGGAAAACACCGUCUUGUUUACUGUAUCCUGUUUCCAGUACAUCACAAUAGCCGCUGUUUAUUCCAAAGGCAAACCAUACAGGCAACCGCUCUAUAAGAAUUUCUGGCUCUUAUUCAGCGCGUUGGUUUUGACGAUAUUUACUGCUUGGAUAAUGAUGUACCCUUGCAAGGAAGUGGCCAAAAUUAUGGACAUCAUUUAUGUCCACGACAGGGAACAAACAAUAUUUCGGUGCAUUUUGAUUGCAUUUCCAGUUUUGCAUUUAUUUGUGGCUAUUUUUAUUGAGUCCGUAUUAAGCGAUCGAGAAUGGCUAAAGAAAAUUAUUAGAUGCCUGAGAAGAAAAACGAAGCCAAAAAAUGAAUAUAAACGUCUUCAAACGGCUCGCCUCGACGCAUCAAUGUUUAAUGCCCAAGAACAAAGUUAUUAUGUUAAUAUUCCAAUCAUGUAG